AUGGCUUCGUCAUGGGUUACAAUUACUCAUGCAGCGGUGGCCAUGGCGCUGCUGUUGAUGCAGUUCGGGUUCCCGGCCCGAUCAAAACCCGUGAGCACAGACCCGAACAACUGUUUGAAUCUUAUGCCGGAGCUGAAAUGUUGCCAAGACCGGAGUCCCAAAAAGAUCGUCGAUUUCAAACUGCAACCUCAAUCCUCGCCGCUUCGAGUUCGUCGGCCCGCCCAUGCUCUUGACACGGAAGAGGCCCAGAAGUACGAGCGAGCCACCGCCCUUAUGCGGGCAUUGCCGGAUAAUCAUCCAUGGAAUUUUGUCCAACAGGCGAAUACUCACUGCGCUUAUUGCUCCGGCAGCCACCGCCAGCUCGGCCUAAAUAUCUCGUUUGAGAUCCAUGGCUCCUGGCAUUUUUUCACAUGGCACCGAGCCUACCUCUACUUCUACGAGCGAAUCUUGGGCAAGCUCAUCAACGACACUUCUUUCGCCCUCCCAUUUUGGAACUGGGACGACCCUUCCGGCAUGAGCAUUCCACCCAUCUAUCGAGACAAUUCUUCCUCCCUCUCCAAUCCCACUCGUUACCUCAUCGGCCUCAAGUUCAUAGACCUCGGCGGCUGCGAGGGAAAUAACACUGUCGAAUCCCUCCCAAUGCAAAGACAAUGCAAUCUUCAGGUCAUGCACCGCCAAUUCAUCGCCGGAUUCAACUCCAGCUCCCUCUUCUACGGUAGCCCGUACCGCGCCGGCGAUAACUCCUUCCCUGGCGGCGGAGCCAUUGAAAGUUCACCUCAUAGUUCCGUCCACCAGUUCACUAGCUCCGACAUGUCAAUUGUGACCAGAGCCGCCCGAGAUCCCAUCUUCUUCGCCCACCACGCAAACAUAGACAGGUUAUGGGCAAUAUGGGAGAGCAUUCCAGGGAACGGAAGCAAGGUUUUUAACGACAAGGACUUUCUUGAAGCUUCGUUUCUCUUUUGGGAUGAGAAUAUGCAGCUUGUACGCAUAAUGGUGCGGGACGUUAUUGAUACGCGAAAGCUUGGGUAUGUGUAUGAGCAAGUUCCGUUGCCGUGGAUGAAUUUAAAGACGGUGGUGGAAGAAGUGGGGAGUGAAGGUGUGGCGGUGGCUAUGGGCGAGGAUGAUAGCUGGAAGGGGGAGGUGAAGUUUCCAUUAGUGUUGAGCUCGCAAGUGAGUGUUCAUGUUGGAAGGAAGGUGGGGGCGAAAGGGGAGAAGCUUGUUGUUAGUGAUAUUGAGUUGGAUGGGAGAGAUCAUGUGUGGUUUAAGGUUUAUGUUGGUAGAGUGGGAGGUGGACGUGUUGAAGCUGGGUGUUUUAUUCAUAUGGAGAGGAGAGCAAAUGAAAGGAUAAAUAUGGCAACAAAGCUACAGAUUGGGAUAACGCAGUUCAUAGAGGAAAUUGGUGCUGAUGGUGAUGAUUGGGUGGUGGUUACUUUGGUGCCGACGGUUGGAAGGAAUAAAGUGACCGUUGGAGGAGUUUCGAUUGUAUAA